AUGUCCGGUCGAGUAGUCGUCACAGUGACCAAUGCGAAAGAGAACAACAGUCUGGUGACGAUCAUCGAGGGUCGAUUGGCGGACAUCAUCAGGGGCGUCGCCAAUCAUUCGGCGCUUGGCUUCUCCGUUAAAGACGAUGUUCGUUCUAUUGUAUCGUUCACAACAAAGGGUACUUGCAAAUUUAAGUAUGGCGUAGAGCAAAUCGUCAAACUGCGCGAACAUCCGGUCAAGAGGCCGUUUUGA